AAAAAAAAAAGAACAAUUUAUCUAGAGAGAGAAAGGGCCUCUUCUCUGCUGCCAAAAAAGGACGAUACAUCGGAGAGAGAGGGACAUAUAUUUACGAGAGUUAUACUCUGAGAGAGCGAGAGAGAGACAAUCAGUUUACUGAACUCUCUGGUUCAAUCUUUUUUAAAUUCCUCUGAGAUCUUCUGAUCUUUCCUAUACCUUUUGAAACGAAUGUUUUAUAUUUUUUGAGAUUUUCUCAUCUUCGCCAAUUUUUCGGCAAUUCCAGCUUUCAAUUUUGUUUAUAGAACCCUUCUUUUUUUUUUUUCCGUUUUGAUUCUUCAAGAAUUAAGCUUUUGAAGUUACUUUAUGGAGACGUUUGGUGAUUGAAAUUAGGGCUCUUAGAAAGUGGGAGCUACUUGAGAUGCAUUUGAUGGUUGGUCGGAACUUUUAGGGUUUGAUCAGGUCGUCACUGGAGCGAACCAUAUCUAAUUUUUCAACUUUUGAACUCUUGGGGUUACAAUCAUUACGUAUAGAAACGAAGGAUUGGAUCCAUCGAUUAUUGUUUCCACUAAGUUGAUCAUUAAAUGUAUUUUGGAGUCUGCGCAUUAAAUCUGCGGAAGCGUGUUUUUUGACUACUGUGAGUACGGAGGCCGUACUUGAAUUUACGCGACGAUUGUUUGUUCUGAGAAAUCUAGUUUUGAUUCUGCAGACUGUAUUUUAAGAACUGUGUUUGUACCUGCCCAGACUAGGAAAUACAUACCAGAUUGAGGGUUUCUUCGCUACAAGGUUACUUACUUCAGCCGUGUUGACAAACCUGGUAAACAGAAUUUGGGGCUAAACUUCAGCAUUUGAGUCUUGGCAAUAUUAUCAUUCCGAGUUUAGCUAUUGAUAAAGAUCUUUCAAUUUCUAGAGACCAUUUGGGGUUAAGAGGAUACAUGAUGAAUUUUGAUUGGAGGACUAGGGCUUGAUUUUGAAACUGGAAAUGAGUGCAGGGACAUGGUGAAUGGACAAGGGCAUAGCUUCAGGUCUGUUCCUGUGUUGGAACAACACUGCAGUAAACUAGGAGAAGCUUUUUGGUUAGUGGAAGGACCCCAACUUGUCCUCUGCGGGAUUGAGUGCAAUGUCUCGCUGCUUUCCAUUUCCUCCACCGGGAUAUGAAAAGAAGAUUACAAUUGAUGAUACUGGCCUUCUGAAAGAGGAGAAACACAAGGAGAAAAAACAUAAGAAGGAUAAAGAAAAGAGGGAUAGAGAUAAAGACAGAAGCAAGGAAAAACACAAGGAAAAGAAGGAGCGCAAGGAGAAGCGCAAGGGUAAGGAUAGGGAAAGAGAUAAGCACCAAGACAAGAUUUCCAAUGAGAAGAGGAUUGGACAGCAAGGGUGUUCUAGUGCAGAAAAUCUCGGUUCAAAGUGCUUGCAGAAUAAUGGGAUUACCAAUAAUAAAUACAUGCAGGAGUUGGCCAGAAGAAUCGUGGAUGCAGACACAACAGCAGGAAGCCAAAUGGUUCAGAAGAUUGAUCCUGCAAAAAAGAGAAAAGCUGAACAAUUGGCAGAGCCAGCAGAGAACAACAAUGGCAAUCAUGCUAAAGAAGAAGGGAAACCAAAGGUUAAGAUUGGAGAUGGCAGGAGGGUCAGUGGGUUUACAGACCAUUUUGAGGCAAGCUGUCUGGAAAAUGCAAUUGGUGAAAACCUUUUCGGAAUGGAUUGGAAAAGAGUUGAUGAAAUCUCCUUAUCAAAGGAGAAUCAAUUGGAUGGACAAGAGAAGAAGAAAAACAAGGAAAGUGGUAGGAGUGAUAGACAGAAGGAUAGACAUAAAGAGCAAUCAAGAAUGCCAAUUGAUAACAAUUGGGAGAAAGAAAAUAAGAAAGAGGAGAAAGCGAAGGAGGUGAACGGGCAAAGUAAUGGUCAUCUUACAUUAAAAGAACAAAGUGUUAGGUUAAAAGAAAGUGGCAAGGAUGCUAUAGAUUCAAGCAAUUUUAAGCCACCAAGUCUUUUAAAGACGAGCAGUAAAAAUUCUGUUGGCGAGGGAAAUGUUGGCAAACGAAAAGAUCUCGAGUUGAAUAGACUUUUACCUGAGAAUGGAUCUGGGCCUAAUAAGUUUCCGAGACCGAUAUCUUCUCACUCAGUCAUAGAAAACGGAAAGAAAUCGGAACCAUGCGAAACUGCUUUCCAGCCUACAUCUGAGAAGCAGGGGCCAGUUCACUGCCAAAGAGUGGAUGUUAAGGAACAUGGAAUAAACAGUGUCGUAAAGGAUCAAGGACCCAAUGCAUGCUCAACAAGGUCUUCAUCUUCUGUUCUAGCAGUGCACAGCAGUGGUGACACAUCUGCAAAGCCACCACAUCCUGAUUCCAAGUAUUUGAGUCAGAUACUUGCUGUACCCAAAGUGGAGUGGUCUGAUUUUGAUGAUCAGGAAUGGCUGUUUAGCAGCGAUCAUCUAUUGUCAAAGAAGCCGAAAGUGACUUGUAAUUUGGUUGAUAGGACACCACAAGUGUGGGCAGAUGCUCUAAAGAUAGAUUCUGCCGAUGUUACUGCGCUGCCAUAUGUCAUUCCAUACUAAUUCCUAUUGAAUGGGUUUGAUUUUCCCAUAGGAUUAUACUGAGAAUCUUCCAGGCAGGUACCUCAGAAUCUGGGUCUUGACUACAUUGUUCCGUUAUCCUGGCCUGUUUUUUUGUUUGGCACUGUUAGUUCUUAGGAUAGAUUGCUGAUUAGUUCUGAUCUCUUUUGGAGUAAAGUUCUACUGGUUUCUGGAUUCCUUGUCCUGAAGGUGAUUAUUUUGAGGUCUGAUUAUGAUGCUGUGGCUAAGGAGAGCAUGAUAGUUGAAAAGCCCCCUGAAGUUUCAGCAGCUGCAAGCUUACAUCUUGCUGGUCUCACAGCACAUACCAGGCUCUCCAAACUGCAGGGAUCAAGCUUAUGGAAGUGGCUGUUACAAAUGCAUUCCCAAGCUUUGCCAAUUGGAACAGCAUAGAGGCCAACGCCAGAGCUUAAGCUUAGGGCUAAUGAAACUGUUAUUUUCUUUUUAUGACGAGGAACCAUGAUCAUAUCCCAUGUAAAUUCCGGAUGUUUUAAUGUUGUAUUUUAUUAUUUAUUCAUUGAAAAGAAUCGGUGAAUGUUACUGUUU